AUGGAAGUCCUGUGGAGGAAAAUUGGAUCAGAAUAUAUCUUGGUUCACAAGUAUUCGGAUGAGGGUAGCCGGGACUUGCCAGGGGAGAGUUACCAGACCCGGACGGAGCUGUUCCAGCAGGAGUUCAGCAGUGGGAACAUCUCCCUGAAGCUGAAACAGCUCCAAGUGGCAGAUGCUGGGACAUAUCAGUGCCUUGUGAGGAACCCAGGAUGGAGCCAGGAAGCCAUCGCUGAGCUACGGGUUGCAGCUGUGGCUCCCGUGUUCAUUGAUGUGCUGGGCCCCCAGGGCCAGGGGAUUGGUCUGGCUUGUAGAGUCACAGGCUGGUUCCCCAAACCUGAACUCCAGUGGGUUGGAAAGAACUGGCAGAACCUGGCAAUGGAGACUGUGACCAGCUUGACUCAGGACAGGGAGAACCUGUAUAGUGUUGUGAGUCACGUCACUGUCACAGAAGGGGAAGAGAAUGGAGACAUCAGCUGCAUAGUGCGGAAUGGCCUGCUGGAGACUGAGCGACAAUCUGCCAUUCACCUCUCAGAGACUGAGAAGAAGACCUGGGAGUCAGAAUACCAGGAGCUGCGUGAGACAAUUGAUGUUGAAAGGAAGACCAUUGAAUCAGAGUGUGACAAGCUGCGUGAGAAACUUGAUGCUGAGAGGAAGGCCUUUGAAGAAGAGUGUGACAAGCUGCAUGAGAAGCUUGAUACUGAGAAGAAGGCUUUUGAAGCAGAGUGCAGCAAGCUGCGUGAGACAAUUGAGUCUCAGGAAAAGGAGAUCAAGACGUUGAAAACAGAGUAUGGCAAGCUGCGUGAGAUGAUUGGAAACAACUCCAUGCAGAGAAAGAAGACCUAA